CCGAGCAUCCCGUGCGGACCGGGCCGAGCUGGCCGAGCUGGAGGGCGAGCGUCAUGGCCGCUUCGAGACAACCCCAGGUCGGGGAGCUGCUGGCUGAGGCCCGGAGGGCCUUCCGGGAGGAGUUCGGGGCCGAGGCGGAGCUGGCGGUGUCGGCCCCCGGCCGCGUCAACCUCAUCGGGGAGCACACGGACUACAACCAGGGCCUCGUGCUGCCCAUGGCCCUGGAGCUGGUGACUGUGAUGGUGGGCAGCCCCCGGGCGGACGGCCUCGUGUCCCUGCUCACCGCCUCCGAGGAUGCUGACGAGCCCAGGCGGCUGCAGUUUCCCUUGCCCACGGCCCAGCGGUCCCUGGAGCCCGGGACCCCUCGAUGGGCCAACUACGUCAAGGGCGUGAUCCAACACUACCCAGCUGCCCCCCUCCCUGGCUUCAGUGCGGUGGUGGUCAGCUCAGUGCCCCUGGGGGGUGGGCUGUCCAGCUCGGCAGCCCUGGAAGUGGCCACAUACACGUUCCUGCAGCAGCUGUGCCCAGACUCGGGGGCAAUCGUUGCCCGGGCCCAGGUGUGUCAGCGGGCCGAGCACAGCUUUGCAGGGGUGCCCUGUGGCAUCAUGGACCAACUCAUCGCUCUGCUGGCGCAGAAGGACCACGCACUGCUCAUUGACUGCAGGUCCCUGGAGACAAGCCUGGUGCCACUGUCGGACCCCAAGCUGGCUGUGCUCAUCACCAACUCCAACGUGCGCCACUCCCUGGGCUCCAGCGAGUACCCGCUGCGGCGGCGCCAGUGUGAAGAAGUGGCCCGCGCCCUGGGCAAGGAGAGCCUUCGGGAGGUGCAGCCGGAGGAGCUGGAGGCCGGCAGUGAGCUGGUGAGCAAGGAGGGCUUCCGGCGGGCACGGCACGUCGUGGGGGAGAUUAGGCGCACGGCCCAGGCAGCGGCUGCCCUCCACCGGGGCGACUACAGAGCCUUCGGCCGCCUCAUGGUGGAGAGCCACCACUCCCUCAGGGAUGACUACGAGGUGAGCUGCCCUGAGCUGGAUCAGCUGGUGGAGGCGGCACUGUCUGCACCUGGGGUUUAUGGCAGCCGCAUGACAGGUGGCGGCUUUGGUGGCUGCACGGUGACUUUGCUGGAGGCCUCCGCCGCUUCCCAAGCCAUGCAGCACAUACAGGCUCAGUACAGCGGGACUGCCACCUUCUACCUCUCCCAGGCGGCCGGUGGUGCCCAGGUGCUGCACCCCUGAGGAGCCCCCCAGGGUGGUCCACGGCGGGCACCCCCAGGUGGCAAGCCAGGAAGCUCCGUGUCUCUGGCACCCGUCCUCCGUGUCUGGGCGUGCAAUAAACUUGUGCCUUGGACCACAGUG